AAAAGUUGGCAACACUGCCUGUAUAAUAUAAAUAGUGUCUGUGUCUUGCGAGUUGCGAGUCACUUGCGACUAGUCGACGACAAUCGCUUAUCAGCGUAGCUCGUGCGACUUGCUCGAUCAUGUCAAACUAUAUUUCCAAAUCCAGCAAAAUUAGUGUACACAAACUUACUAAAGAUCCAACCCAAGCGUGGGAGGAACUAAAAAAUGAUCAGAAAGUUAUCAAAUUGAAAGUUUCAACUCCGAGUUCACCUGCUCCACUCAAUGUGCUGCGAUUUGUGUGCAUGAGUGAUACCCACAGCUUAACAUCUCGAUUAAAGUUUGAUAUACCAGAUGGGGAUGUAUUUCUUCAUGCUGGAGAUUUCACAAGAUGUGGGGAUCUUCAAGAAGUUGAGAACUUCAAUACCUGGCUGGGACAGCUGACUCACAAACACAAAGUGGUGAUUGCUGGAAACCAUGAGCUUACUUUUGAUGUUGAACUUACUGCUCCUAGAAACAUGCAUGGGAGAUCUAGGCAAGCAGACAGACCUGUGGAUUCAAUCCUACAAGUGGAUCAUCUGCAGAAGAAUAUAGAGACUGAAAAUGGCCAUGAGCAUCCAAGUGCAUUACUCACUAAUGCCACUUACCUUCAGGACUCCCUCAUCACUAUUGCUGGGGUGAAAAUAUAUGGCAGCCCUUGGCAGCCUACUUACAUGUCCAUGGCAUUCAACCUGCCCCGUGGUGCUGCAUGUUUGGAUAAAUGGGAUGCAAUUCCUGCUGGUGUUGACGUCUUACUCACCCAUUCGCCCCCUCUUGGCCACGGCGACUUCUGUGUUACAGAUGUCCGUGCUGGCUGUGUCGAGCUGCUCUCUACAGUACAACAGAGAGUCAAGCCCAAGUAUCAUGUCUUUGGCCAUAUUCAUGAGGGUUAUGGAAUCACCACAGAUGGGCAAAUAAUCUUCAUCAAUGCAUCGACAUGUAAUGUCAACUACUUGCCUUGCAAUCCCCCUUUAGUGUUCGACGUUCCUAUACCCCAAGGAUAUUCCAAGUAGCGGCCAAAUGCUUUUAUGUAAUCACUCAAAAACUCUCUGCUGCUACUGGGUGAAUUUAUGCACUAUCUUCAAUGUCAUUCAUGUGAGAGUUCAGAAAUAGACGUAAUCCACCUUUAAGGUAUAAGUGUGAAACUGGAGAGACUGUUGCAAAUAAUCAAUUUACCUACGCUCGUUUUUGUUGAAUUCAUUUUGCCGACGCCAUGGGAUAGUUCUUUGGUAUAAGUUCACUGCCGUAUUAUCAAAACUGAAAAUACAUCUGAGAUGGCUGGGAAAGAUGUACUGGAAGCUUGUUUAUAUAGUUAUAAUAAUGAAUGUCUAUACAUUAGAGAUUUAUUUAGGGUAUUAAUAGUUGCCAGUUUAUCGCGUAAAACAGGAAAUUUAUUCUCUAUAUGUGAAAAAUCAGAGUAUUAAUUUAUAAUAUCAUAAAGAACGUGUCCUAAUUUUAACCCGUAGUAGUACUAGAUUUCUAGCACCAUUUCACUGUGAUAGAUUUCCCAAAGUCCUAAAACACAUCUAGUUAGCGCAUUUUCUCAUUUAUGGAAAAAAUGCACUAUGGUGCUCGCCAUGU